GCUGUCACAUUUCCUGGCCUUAACGCCUGCUGGUCCGGGGGACUGUUAACUCCUUCACUUGUUUGGGAACAACUGGAGUUUCCCAUUCGGUUGCCAUUGGAAAAGGAAGUUUUUUCUUAAGCCCCUCGGUAAUUACUCACAUUCGAGUAAACUGAUUGUUACUGAACUGAUCUAAAAGCAGAUGAAGAAAAUUCUUUUAGCGUGUUUUGUAAGAGCAGAGUUGCUGCCACUUCUUUCUAGUACUUAAGCAGUGAUUUAACUGGCUUAGUCACUCUUUAAAACUACGUUUGAACAUUUUGAAGGGCAUAAGGAAGUCAGUGAGCUGGGCACUCAGUGCAUGGGUGCUUUAACUGCUGCUGACCAGAAAGUAAAGCUGAAAUUGCUGGUUUCUCCUCUGACUUGGGGAAUUUUGUACUUUAUUGAUCUGAAUUUGUAAUUGGUGACGCAGGAGAGGAGCUGCUUUUAGUGUGAUUGAAAAGAAAGAUUGGCAGGAACACUUAAGAGUGUGAAAUUGAUCUUGCAGUCAAAACAUAAUACAGUUCAAUUCUCCUUUUUUAAAUAGAGGAAGAUCAUCUGUACUGACAGUUUCUCAAGCAAUUUUUUUCCCCCGUAAAUAACUCGCCUGCUGGUUUGCCAGCAGCAAUUAUGUUAGCAGCCUUCUUUGCUUUUAACUGCUCAAUAAAAUGAGGAUUUUGUUUUCAAUUACUAUUUCAUGGUAGCAGCUGUAGUUGCCAAACAGGUGCCACUUCUGUAAAAUUAAGAGUAAAGGAGGUAUUCCUCAAAAUCCUGGGCAAGACCAUGACAGUUUUUGUUAAGGUCUUAAUGAAGGUACAUGACGCUGUUCCUACUUGGUUUUGGUGCUGAGGUGAUGAUUAAAUGAUGACUAUAGCUCAGCCACAGACCAGAAUUCUGCUGUCUCUGUUUCUGAAACCAGGGUAUGGGUAUAAGGAAGCUGCACAGUUCCCCUCUCCCACCAGCUGAUAGGAAGCAAGCUGCAUUGGAAGGUGCUAAUGGGAGAAAGAAGAUUGUAGACUAUGAUCUCCUUAACUUGUUAGUAAAUUCACUUGCACGUGCUCCACAUUAAGAUUUGAAAAGAGAACUGGUUAAGCAGUAUUGUCUCCUAAACAGGAUAUCAUCAGCUGGUUUUUAAAAUUUUAUGGUCAUCACAGCAAAACUUUUCAAGGCAGAGGGUGAAUUUAGAGAUGGUAGAAUUUGUGUGUGGCAAAGGAAAGCUGUCCAACUGGAGGGACAGCAAAGGAUCAAACACAUUGUGUUUCUUCAUUUAUUUUAGAAGGUGAUGACAGAGGGAAGGCUUCAUGAUGACGGAAGAGUCAGCCCUUCUGGCUAUCUUAUUCAGGGUGAAGAGUUUGAGGUUGUGAAGGGCUUUGAAAGCAACGAUAACUGAGAUAUUUUGUGAAGGUGGCUUGGGCAUGGACAUUGUGGCUUCUGCUGCCCUUCAUCGCAGUCACCACCUACCAGCUUGCCAAGAGCAAGUUCCUCUAUGGUCCCACGAAGAGCGUUUUGAUGGUGCUGCGGCGUCUCAGUGCGCUGCUGGUGGGCACUGCCAUCUGGUACGUGUGCACCAGACUCUUCAUGUAUGUUGAGAAUCUCACUGGCACGUGCUCUACCUCGAGUAAACUCGGCGACCCUCGCCGGCUGUACGCCACCAAGCAGGAGUGCCACCAGGACAACGGCAUCUGGAAUGGUUUUGAUAUCUCAGGUCACUGUUUCCUGCUCUCGUACUGUGCUCUGAUGAUUGUGGAGGAAGUGGCUGUGCUGGAAGCCUUGUCCAUAGACCAGAACUCUAAGCUGCAUGUUGUGAUCAACAUCCUGUUUGUUUCCUUGUGUUUUCUCACCAUGAUCUGGGUGUUCAUGUUUCUCUGUACUGCCGUGUAUUUCCAUGACUUCAGUCAAAAGCUCCUCGGUGUGCUGAUAGGUUUGUCAGCUUGGUAUGGGACAUACAGAUUUUGGUACUUGAAACCCUUUUCCCCUGGACUACCUCUUCCAAAUAUACCUUUGAGUUCAAAGAAAUACAGUUACAGCAGAUAAAUUUUAAAAUGUUUGGAUUUUUCUUUCAGUACUGGAGUAGUUGAAUGUAGAAAUGGCUACUGUAUUUCCACUGUAAGGAACAAGGUAAUGGGCUGGAGGACACCAAAUCUGUACUAGCCAGUGGCUGGCAGGUGGUAAUGCGUUUCUCCCUUGGAAGAAAAAUAUUGGUGUUGGAAGAGGUCUGCUCUUGUUUAGGAGCUGCUGACUGGUGUUCUCAGCAAAGAGAUCAGAGAUGAAACCUGUUUUCCUCUUCCUAAUAAACGGAGGAGCAGAUCAAAGGCUGACAGAGAUCUUUGCUCUUUAAGAGCUUGACUGAUCUCAAAUGAAUUCUCCCUCUUUCUUUUUGAUUUAUUUAUGUCAAAAUAUUGUGGAUGAUCCAAACCUCAAACUUUUUUUUUUAAUACUCCUAUUUGUACUGCCUUAUGGGAAAGCUCUAAUAAUGACAGUGCUGUUAAGUGUUGCAAAAGUAUCAAUACUCACUAAAGCAGUAUAUAGCUCUGUUGUGAAACUA